GGAAGAUCUGUGCGUCUAUGACGACUGGCUGAUUUGGUCCAUCAACCAUCUCAUCACCUCAUCGACAAAAUCGCUUUACACGUCGUCAUGGACACCAUCAGCCUGCCGUCGUUCAUUAAGCCCAAGCACGUCACGCGGAGGGCGGACGGCGCCGCCACUAUCUCAUUCUGGGAUCUGCCGUCGGCAUUCUUCGACGCCAUCCGCCCACAAGCGCCGGACGAUGAGUCGCCCGUCGAGCGCCGCCGACCUGACGACAUCUCCAUCGUGGACAUGUCCCAGCACACUGGCGUGUUUGUGUGCACCAAGUGCGGGGUAUCCUUCCCGUCGGCAGCCGAGUUCCGUGUGCACUGCCUGUCGUCCUUCCAUGUGACAAACGUCCGGCGACUGGCUGACGGCAAGAAGGCCUUCUCAUCGGCCGAGUGGGAGCGGUUAGUGGAGCUGGCUGAGGCAGAGGGGCCUGACGAUGAGCCGGGGGAGGGUGAGGGAGAGGGGGAAAGCUCGUCGUCGAGCGAGGAAUCGUCAGCCGGUGAAAACGAGGAGGAUGGUGAGGAUGCCGCGGACACCUUGCCUGCCGAGCAGCCGCGCAGAUCUCCCUUUAUGGAGGUGCGGCUGGAGUCGCUGCGUUACGCCUUCAGCAAAAAUUUGUUCAAGGGCUAUCGAGGAGACCACCAGCAGCAGCUGGCCGCCGGCUCCGACCUUUCUGAGGAGGUGUGUCAGCUGUGGGAAAGCCGCCUGUGGGCCGUCAUGGUGCUGCGGUCGGGGCGAUUCGCAGGUCGGCAGUCAGUGCAACGCAACGCAGCAGACACACACGCGAGCGGUCCUCACUGUGGUCUUUCUUUCGGUGGCUGGUGCAGGUGCCAUAUUUGAGGGCGGCCAUCCGCUGCUGCACAAGGUCAUCACCAAAUACACAGUCAGACGGAAGGCGGGAGGCGCUCAGGCCGCAUGCGACGGCACCAGGGCCCCCAAGUCGGCUGGUAAGCAGCGAACAAUACCGACCGCAAGACGAGACAGACGAUGGCUCCCUUCCGAUCUCUCUGUGUGGCAGGCGCGACGCUCCGCCGCGCUGGUGAGAAGGCGUUGCGCGAGUCUGUGAGGGAGCUGCUCAACGACACUUGGGCGGACGAAAUGAAGCGCUGUCGGCUCGUAUUCGUCAGCACCACCAAGCGCAUGCAGGGGGUGCUAUUCGGCGACGACGAUGCCGCCGCACCACCAGCACAGAGCGUCGCUGCCGCCCGUCGGCACGCACCGCUAAGGAAGACCGAUGGGCGAUUGCGACGAGUACCGUCUGUCAUCCAGCGGCCGACCUUUGGCGCGCUGAAGCACUGCCAUGCGCAGCUGUCGACGGUGGUCAUCCUGCCGGAAGGAAUGGAGGAGCCGCAGAUCCCUGACGCAUCAUCGGCUACCGAGGACCCACCACCAGCAGCACCACCAGAUGCUGAACCCACCGCCACCACAGCGCCUGAGCAAGAGUCGCCAGUUGCCCAGCCGCCCCACCCCCUGAUCGAUGCCGCCAAGAGAGGCGACAUCGCCGCCUGCAGGAGGAUUCUGGCGAGGCUGGGUGUGCUCCCCGAGGGCGUCAUGGUGGAUGAGGAGGAGUCGGAUGAGGAGACGACGGGCGGUCAGGCGAGCACAGCUGCAGAUGGACCGGUGUGGGAUGAGUCGGCAUUGUCAUGCAUCGACCUUCACGACCGUGACCCGGCCACUUGUGCCACGGCGCUCCAUGCAGCCGCGGAGGUCAGCCACUCCACCCAGAAUGAAUAGAAGCUGGAUUCGUUCACCCAUGUGUCGUGUCGCGCUGUGUGUGUGUGUGUGUGUAGGGUGGGCAUGACGUGUUGGUGUUGCUGCUGUUACGUUGCGGCCUCGACCCCUGCAGCCUCGACAUGCGGGGCCGGGUGCCCUACUUCGUGUGCAAGACCAAGGAGUGCCGCGACGCAUUCAGACGAUACCGCGCCGAAGCGCCACCAGACAGGUAUACGCGUAACCCGGGAGUGAAGUGCCUCCCUCUCUCUCAACGACCAUCCUCAUCUCUCUCUCUCUUCUGUGUGUAUGUGUGUGGCUGUUGGCGUCUGUCUGCAGGUGGGAUUGGCACAAGGCGUGCAUCCCCGAGCCCCUGACGGAAGACCUGGAGGCCAGGAAGAAGGAAAAGGAGCGCGAGAAGAGGCGGCGAGCGCGUCAGCGGAAGAAGGCCUCCAAGGCCGUCGAGAAGCAGCAGGAGGAGGCCGAGGCGGCAAGGCGGGAGGAGGAGCACCGCAGGCAGACGGAGGCAAGGGAGAAGGCACUCGAGGCCGAGCGGCUGGCGCGCAUGUGAGCGACCGUGACGGACAUGACGCUUCCUUCUUGACCGAUCCUUGCUGUGCGGCGUUUGUGGAUUGUGUGUUGAUCAUUCAGAUGUGACAGCUGCAGCGCUCCGAUUACGGGCAAACCGUUCCAGAGGUCAGCCGGCUAAGACACCAACAUCAAUCAGCCCAUGGCUGGAUGGAUGGAUGUGUGUGUGUGUGUGUGUGCAGGCUGGAGUACAAGUACUGCAGCGUCGAGUGUGUGCAGAGGCACAAGCGGCGGCUCAUGGCCGAGGCCGCCGAGAAGAGGCUGGCCAUUUCAGCCGGAUGAAGCAAUAUGACCGACCAGCGUGUUCAUACCUGCCUGCAUUCAUGGCGGCUGGUGGUGUGUAUGUAAGUAGUUGACGCUCGACUCGACGUGUGGACUCAAAGGAAG